AUGGAAAAGUCGCAAAGUAAACCGCAGUUGUUCUUGCUCCUAGUUAUUUUGGGCCUUUCUCUGGGAGAUUCCAUGCCCCUGGAAGAUAUGGACUCUCAGGAAAUGAUUGACCUGACAGAUCUAGGGGAUACCGUGUUUGGAAAUCCGGAUGAGGAAACCACAGGAGCUUUGGUCGAGGCUCACAAUGAGGAAUCAUCACAGAACCCUGAGGAACUUGGCACCUAUUACGAAGGUGAUAUAUUGAUCCCACUGAGUUACAGAAAUGCCCGAUCCAAUGGCACGCGUAAUGGCAUCUUGGCGCUGAGUUCCCGCUGGCCGGGCGGCGUGGUGCCCUACGAGAUCAAAGGUCCUUUUACAACUCAGGAAUUGGGAAAUAUCAAUAAUGCUUUUAAGGAAUACCACACCAGGACUUGCGUGCGCUUUAAGCCCAGGACAACAGAAAAGGAUUACAUAUCGAUUGGAAGUGGAAAGUCUGGAUGUUGGAGCAGCAUCGGACGCUUGGGUGGCCGCCAGGAGGUGAAUCUGCAGUCGCCCACCUGUCUGCGAACAUACGGGACUCCGAUCCACGAGCUGAUGCACGCCUUGGGCUUCUUCCACGAGCAGAAUCGCCACGAGCGGGAUUCCUAUGUCCGGGUGAUGAGCGACAACAUUAAGCCGGAGAUGAUGGUCAAUUUCGAGAAGUCCAGCUCCAGGACAGAGUCCGGAUUCGGCGUGGAGUACGACUACGGCAGUGUGAUGCACUACUCGGCCACCAGUUUCACCCGGAAUGGCCAACCCACGUUGAAGGCGUUGAAGGCUACUUCUGAUGCCAGCCAAAUGGGCCAACGACGCGGCUUCUCCGCCGGAGAUGUGCGCAAGAUCAACGCCAUGUACAAGUGCAAGAAGUAA